GCUUCGACUUGUCAAACUACUGUCCAGAAAUCUUUGUUUAUUGUUUUGCUGCCCUUGCAAUCGAAAGUGAUCGGGAAAACAUGAAUUACGUUGAAAACUUACUAAUUUACGCAAGAAAUCUUUCACCUUUCUAUAUCUUUAGCAUGGUGAUUUCUAUUUGUGUUGUACUGUUGACUGCCUAUUUUGGUUUUACGGGAUGUUCGGCCACACUUGACCGCGACGAGCAGUCGGAGAAAAACGAAAACAACAAUUCUUCAAAAUCGAAAGUCAACAAGCAGACCGAUGAUUCAGCGGACGAACCCGACAGCGAACUGGAGGAGGAAAGUGAAAGAACCCGAAGACUGCACAUCGAAUCCUUGGGACAACUGAAGUCUGCUAAACUUAAAUCGAUUGAAAAGUCUCUAACUGAAGAACAACGGCAAGCGGAAAAAGAAAUUGAACGAGCGCAGCUGGCUGCUAUAUUUGAGCUUUUGAAAAAGCAAGCCGAUAGUUCCAAUAUCAACGAGGACGAUUUGAAAGAGCAGCUUAGUUUGUAUCGCUAAAAUUAUCGACAUAGAUGCUUUGUGGAAAUAUGUCGUAUGCUAGUCAAUUUUUAGAAUUUUACAUUACAUAAUUUCUACAUUGUGUGUCCAUCCGAUAAAGUAAAAUUUAAGAACGAGCAAGAUUUUAUGUUACAGGGGCCAUUAGGGGAAACGGUAAACAAUCACAUCACCAUAUCGAAGCAGAUGCAUCGUUUGCACUCAUUGAACUUGCGCCAUACCCAUGAGUCAUCAAACUCUAAAUGUAACUAAUUUUAAACUAACUAAAUGGAAAUUAGUACGUAGAAAUACAAAAUUUUAUUUACACUGACUGAUGAA